AGGUAGGGUGGAAAUGACCAAGCUUUAUUGGAGAAAGGAAGAGACGCGUUCUCCCUAUCCUAUUUCGUUCGUUCGACAAGUUGAAUUUCUGUACGUUCUUGCUAAGCGAGCGAACCAACGAGCGAACAGUCGCGUUCGUGCGUUCGCAUUAACCGCAUCGAGCGGUCGACUCUUCGUGUCGCUUUGGUCAAACGUGGAAAGAAAGAGAUCGAGAGAGAGAGAGAGAGAUAUCACUACUUACGAUUGAUCGGACAAUUGUCGAUAGUUCGAAAACAGAGUCAAAAACUCGACGAAAAGACGAUUUCAGAUCGUCGAAGCAAUAUUUUUCGAGUUAAAGAGAGAGAGAGAGAGAAGAAGAAAAGCAAAUGUCGGUUAGCUACUAGACGCCUCCUCGUUCUCGGUGAAUAUGAAUGGAAACGAAGGAAUAGCAAUUUGAGGAACGAGCGAAGCUCGGUCUGAUUUGGAUCUAGCUUUUAGUGGGUGGAAAGAGAGAGACAGAGAGAGAGAGAGAGAAAGGGACAGAGAGAGAAGAAACGGAGUAAUAACAAGGAUAAUACUAAUAACGAUUGGGACGGGCCUAGGAACUCGGCGAACGACGAAAAUUGCAAGAUUUGUCUGAAAGGCGAACACGAUCGUGAGGGAAUAAUAAAUCAGGAAAAGGAAGGGAUAAACCGAGAGAGAAAGGGAAAGAAAGAAGUCUUGCUCGGUUCUCGGCAGAGUUAUCGGCGAGAAAUAGCAGAGAGAAGCAGCGGAUGAAUAAUAAUACGAGAAAAAAAGAGGAGAAAGAAAUAGAGACUAGGAAAUAGAACGACGUGAAAGAAAGAGAGGAGAUUCCUCGUGAUAGGAUAAUUCGAAAGGACGAAGCGUAACUCACGAGAUCGUGCACGAAGAUUAGAAUUUAAGGCACGCUGAAGAAUUCUUACAAAGAAUUAUCUCCGAAAAAAAUAAAAUAAAAAAAAAAGAUACUUUGCUCUAAGCAAAAAGAACAGAGUUCCGAAUUAUUUCUCGAGAGUACCAGAGAAAAAAAUAAUGUUUUUUACGAGCGUCUAAUUGAUUUCGCGGGGAAAGAAGGGAAAGCGGAAGUAGAACUUAAUACUCGUUAGCCGUUCGACCGUCGUUAGAUCGUCGUUGGAUCGUCGUUGGAUCGUCGUUGGAUCGUCGUUGGAUCGUCGUUGAUGCUUUAAGAUUUUCAAAGGUACACCGGAGAGAGUUCAACGUCACGUUUUCAGCACGAGGAUCGGUCUCGUGCCAGCCUUAUCUACCGGCUAAUUUAUCGAACUUACCCUAUUAAAGAUAAUUACGUGACUGCUCGAUAGCAGUACUUCCAAUCUAGCUUCGUAGGUAUCGCGGAAUAAUUUAUUUUAUUUCCUUCCUUCUCGAGAACGCAGAGAGGAAGCUUACGAAUGUAAUUCGUUCGGAGUUUGUUGGUUCGUUUUAUCGCGAUUAACGGAAAAAUCUUGGUUCCUCGUGGAACGGACCGGGAUCGAAUUUUUACUUGUAACGAUAAAGCUCGUAAGUGUUGUUCCGAUUCCCUAAUGCUAUCGAUACUUAACGACUUUACUAAUGACCCGAGGAAAUGUCAGGUAGUAAAAAACAAAUCGACCAACUUUGUCCUAUCGGUUGUUCGCGGUUAAUCUCCUCUUUUAGUUUCUCCUACCUUUAGUUUUCUCACUCGACCAGAGAUUCGACUUUCGAAAGAGAGAUCACUCACUGUUCUCAUAUACGUUGUCGUCGUCGGGUGCGCGUGUGUCUCUACCUGCGUGUGCGAGCGCAACACGCGCGUGAAAACGAUGCUCAGGAGAAAAGAAAAAAAGAUAAUGAAGAAACGCAAAGAACAACGAAAGUGAUUUUAUCUAAUUACUCGCGUCGGUCCAACGUCGUACGAUCGUCAGGGAGAACUUUUCCUUGGAAGAAUAAUAAAAGAAGAAAAGAGAAGAAACAGAUCGUUGAGAAAUGAAGGGAAACUUGGAAGGACAUCCGUUCGCUUUGUCGUCGUCGAGAGGUUAUCUGGUUCUCCUUCUGAUCUGUCUAUCCGCGAAGGUAUCGAGGAGCAACGAGUACCGAAUGAGAAAAUGUUGUCCACCACAGGAAGUUUUUUCCGGCCGAUCGAAGGUGGACUGCGUUCCGGCGCCGAGCCAAACGAUGGAGUUGCAUCCUUUGUCGAAGGGCGCCAACUUACAAAUUCACGGUAUUCCUAAGUGCGAAAAACCGGAUGACAUCGCAACGAUUUUUCUCAAUGAGAUCAAACCGGACGAUUUCCUCAGAAGUCCAGCCUGUUUGGAGGUUCUCCGAAAGGAGUCCUCCGACGAGGAGCUCCCAAUCGUCGUUCAUUGUCGCUCGAACAAGGACGACACGAGGAAGGAAGCAACCGGAUUGUCCUUUCCAAAAAUCACAACGAUUCGAAGGUGUUGCCCGAAGGAUACCAUCUUCGAUCCUCGCUCGAGAUUCUGCGUGCCAUUGAUAUCCCAUAUCAACGAUACCUCCUACUUUUCUUCGGAGGAUCUCUUUUUCUCUUUCUUACCGAUAAUCGACUCGAUCGAUUUUCUAGCGGUGACGAGAGGUCCACCCGAAUGUCUGCGAGCCAUAUUCGAUUUUCCUAUAAACUCGAGCGAUUUGAUCUUCGAGGAUCGAACUUUCAAAGUGACACCGUCGUUGAGCCAGAACGGACGUAGGAAAGAAGAGAUCAAGUUGACGGAAGAGAACGCUUGCGUCGAGCUAACUCCGGAAUCCACGAUCUCGAACGCCAAGCUGAUCCUACGGCUCUGCCGAGAUGAACAAAUUUGUUCGGAGAAGCCGUGCAUCAGGAAGUGCUGUCCGGAGGACCGAUUUUUGGUAUCGGGAAGAAGAGAAUGUCAAAAAUUGUACGACGACUCGAUCACACCGAUCGAGUUUCACAAGGAAAUUUUGAAUUCGUCGAUUCACGAAGAUUUCUUCAGAGAAGAUUAUGGUCUGCUCAUUGGUAAACUGUGCAAGGACAGAGGAAUGUAUCCCGUGGGUCCGGAAGAAAAUUGGAGCAUUACCCCUGAAGGACACAUCGACGUGCCCGAUUACAAGGUCUACGGUCACCACGAGUACUGCAUGGACAUCUUUUACAACAGCUCCCUCUACAAGGAAACCCUUUAUCCUUUCGUGUGUUUCGACACGGCGGAGUCCGUGGAACCGUGCCGACUACGGUGCACCAUUAAUAGCGUACUUCAGUUGACCAGCUGCGCAUUUUUGCUGACAACGUUGGUGGUCUACGCAUGCCUACCCGUUCUCCAGAAUCUCCAUGGCAAGACUCUCAUGUGCCAUGUCGGCAGCCUCCUUUUGGCUUUGGUUUGUCUGGUUGUGAUCUCCUGGGUGACUCCGGACACUACCAUCGAGGAAUCGAUGGCCUCGGUAUCAUGCAAAUUCUUAGGCUACGCGAUGCUGUUCUCCUUCCUCUCGGCUUUCUCCUGGCUCAACGUCAUGUGCUUCGACAUAUGGUGGACUUUCGGUGGUUCACGUGGAAACACAUCGACGAGAGGAAGAGGACAUAGAAAAAGAUUUCUCUUGUACUGCACGUACGCGUGGGGCCUCGCCUGCUUGAUUACCGUCCUGGGAAUCGUGGUCGAUCACACCGACUUUUUUCCAAAGCAUUUGCGGCCUACCAUCGGACGAGCAAGCUGUUGGUUUACACCGGGAAGUAAUCUUCACGGCGAGCUCUUGUUCUUCAUCGCACCGGUGACGCUUCAACUUUUGAUCAACAUCGUCUUCUUCGUUAUCACGUCGAUAAAUUGCAACAAGGUGAAGGCUGAAAUAAACAGAGUGAUCAGAGAUCCUUCGGACGCUAGAAACAAACGAUUCCAGGCCGAUCGAACCAAAUUGAUCAUGAACGUGAAGCUGUUCGUGGUUAUGGGUAUAUCCUGGAUAUUAGAGAUCAUCUCUUACUUUCUUAACAAUUACGCCAAGGAUUUGCAAUGGCGCGAAGAAUUCUUUUACGCGUCGGACACCUUCAAUUGCCUUCAGGGACUAUUGAUCUUCAUUCUCUUCGUUCUAAAGAGCCGCGUGUACUAUGCGCUACGAAGAAGAUUGGGGUUUGAAGACAAGAAACGGAUGUCGAGCAACGCGACGACCGCCAUACACGACACUUCCAGGGUGAAAAACAGCGUUAGCAACAGCACGCUUAUGUCUACGUUUCAAGUGAGCUUGACGCCGUGAUAGGAACCGGACGAACGUUCCACAUGGGAUCGAAGCCGUUCCGCUUAAUCAGGAAUUUCUUAAAGGCGCGUGUUGUUCUAGCGCCUCGGUUGCGACACUCCGAGCUUUCAACGCUUCCGCUUUAAUAUCCCAUUACUUUGUACGCGUUCCGCGAAGAGCAAAAGAGUAACGAAUUCGACCACAAAGAUCUUUGUAUAUAGUUAAGAAAAUGACGCCAUCGACCUUGCCUUUCUCUCUCUUUUCUUUUUCUUUUUUCAUUUUUUUUUCUUGCUCUCCAAGCGAGACCAUCUCGCACGAAGAUUCGGCUGGGCCGGAACUGUCCGGUUAAAGUUUUUAAGAUAUUUACGACUUUCUUAUGGCACAGAUAUUUACGCUCGAAAGUUCGAGUUUAACGAGCGAUGUUUCUGCAAUCUUUAAAUCCGUACGUACAGGCAGUAACGUUCUAGCCGAGCUUCGAGCGAUUAUUUUUGUUACCUCGUAAAUGAGUAACGAUGUCGGAUACGCGAUUCUCUAGGAAGAAAAAAAGCUGUCUCUCGCGAGAAAUAGCAAAGUUAUGAGGAAACGCGAUUCUCCAAGAUGUUUCAAAGUCGAGAAACGACAAGUGAGAAGCUUCCUUGAAAUAUUAACCAUCGUCUGGUUAUUGAAAGCGAACGAAGUGACACGCCUAUUUGUAUAUUCUUCCAAUCGGACAUUGUUAUGAAUCACUUUCGAGAAACUAGUCGUCUUCUGCGCCAUAGCGACAAGGAAAAGCUUUUAACGCAUUUGCAAUUUGCUUCAUACAUUUUCCACGCUUGUAACUUAGUUCGAACACGUAGCUCGUAGACCAUAUAGAAUCAAACGAAGACGAAAUCGAGAUCGAGUUCUCUCGUAAGAUACCAAAGAGGCUUUCUCGUUCGCAACGUAAGCUGAUGUUCCCAAGGAGUAAUCCUAUUACGUCAUUAAAUUUACCAAAGAGAGGGAGAGAACGAAGGGAAAGGACGGAGGAGGAGGAAGGGAACGAACCUUUGCAAUUCGUUACGAAGCAACGCGCUCGGUCGGAGAGACACGCGUCCUAAACGACGGCGUAUAGUUUUAUGUGCGAUUCGUAUUUUCGCUUUUUCUUCCACCGUACGGCUAAGCGUAGUUGUUCGACCACCCUCUGUCGAACGUUGUCGCACGAGUGGUACAAGAGCGCGAUGCGGAUAAAGUAUCGAAGGAUUUUGAUUAAAAAGUCAUUUUUCUAGAAAAAUAUUUCUCUUUUCUCCGCUAUCGUUUCACUUUCAUUCGACUGCGAACUCACGUUCGUAGGUUUACGAGGACACUUGUAGUUUUUGGAUUUCCGAAGAGAAAAAAGAGGAACCUUCGGCAGCACAAUUUGAUCAGCUUCGUUCCUUCGCUCAUCUUCGAACUUCCGAAGUAGUUACCGGCCAAAGAAUGGCGAGGUUUCGGAAAGUUGUGCCAGCCGCACUAAUUUUCCUGUUUCUCCAUGCAUUUUCCUCCUUUUAGUUCUUUUCUUCGUCGACUAUCGUUACUUCUUGGAACAGGACGAGUGAUAAGGAGAAAGAAGAUAUCGCUCGAAGACUGAUCCUUAUCGCAGAAAUACUUUUAUUAUACUUAUAUAUAUAUAUAUUCGAAAAUCUUAUCUCGCGAAGAAACGUCUUAUAUCGCCUUAGUCGUAUCGUUACUUGACUUCGAGAGCGUCGAAUGGUUGCUUACGUUUAUAAAAUACCCUCCUCGAUGGAUCGCGGAUCGAUCAUCGUUACGUUACGUUCAACUCUCAUCUUCGUCAUCGCGCUCUCGCAUAAUCGGUGAUAAGGCACGUAAGCGACAAAUAUAUACAGAUAUCUACGCGCGAUCGCGAAUCUAUGUAAUCGUAGCGCGUCGAAGAAGAUCUAUCCAAUCGUACUGUACGAAUCGAAAAUGUACAGAAUCUUUAAAUAUAGGCAAAUACGUAUGA